UUUGCCUUCAUGCUGUCUCUCAGCAGCGGCGCAUUCUCGUGAUAAUUAGCGGACAGACGCACGGGGAAACACGUUAAGCACACCGGGGUUCAUUUGAAUCCGUCUGGAAAGGUGAGCGCCUCCACCUGCUGCGCGUGACAGCGACGCCGCUCGCUCGCUCACUUUCUUUGGUCCCCACGUGACCCUCAAACCAUUUCAAACUAUUUCAAACAUCAGUAUCUCUCCAGUGAUCCACUUAACUGUUGGACAGAAUUCCGCAGCUUGCAGCCUCUGAUAAAGUCGAGGGACUUUGUCCGAGUACAGCAUAGGAAAACAGCGCCGUGUCCGAUAACGGAUGCCUCUCCCUUGUCUUGUCCUAUAGUAAACUCGUUAACUUCUGCUGGUCCCUCUUGGUGAUGCUGUUACAGAAGCGAGUGCGCGCAAUUACGCAACACCCCCCCUCCCCUCCAACCACCUCCACCUCCUCCUCCUCCACCUCCUCCUGUCCUGUGCGCUAUAACCGGAUCAGCGUCUCUCCUCUCCGGUCCCUCCUGCACCCAAACCGGACACCGGCCACUUCUCAGCAGACAAGACUCUUGCGUGACUUCAGCCAGCUCCAGUAACCAUGGGAAAGGAGAAACUCCACAUCAACAUUGUCGUGAUCGGCCACGUGGACUCUGGCAAGUCCACCACCACGGGCCACCUCAUCUACAAGUGUGGGGGCAUUGACAAGAGAACCAUCGAGAAGUUCGAGAAGGAAGCUGCUGAGAUGGGGAAGGGAUCUUUUAAGUAUGCCUGGGUGCUGGACAAGCUGAAGGCAGAAAGGGAACGUGGCAUUACCAUCGACAUCUCACUGUGGAAGUUUGAAACCAGCAAGUACUAUGUGACCAUCAUCGACGCCCCGGGUCAUAGGGACUUCAUUAAGAACAUGAUCACUGGGACCUCCCAGGCAGACUGUGCUGUGCUGAUUGUGGCAGCUGGCGUGGGAGAGUUCGAGGCAGGUAUUUCCAAGAACGGACAGACCCGUGAGCACGCCCUCCUGGCUUACACUCUGGGAGUGAAGCAGCUCAUCGUGGGCAUCAACAAGAUGGACUCCACCGAACCAAACUACAGCCAGAAACGCUAUGAGGAAAUUGUGAAAGAAGUGAGCACCUACAUCAAGAAGAUCGGCUACAAUCCGGACACUGUCGCCUUUGUGCCCAUUUCGGGCUGGAAUGGAGACAACAUGCUUGAGCCCAGUCCCAACAUGACAUGGUUUAAGGGGUGGAAGAUCAAUAGGAAAGAAGGCAAUGCAUCAGGGACCACACUGCUGGAGGCUCUGGAUGCCAUUCAGCCCCCGACCCGUCCAACAGACAAACCUCUACGUCUGCCCCUGCAGGAUGUCUACAAAAUAGGAGGUAUUGGAACAGUGCCUGUCGGCCGUGUGGAGACUGGCAUACUCAAGUCUGGCACGGUGGUGACCUUUGCCCCCGUCAAUGUGACUACUGAGGUGAAGUCUGUGGAGAUGCACCAUGAGGCGCUGACUGAGGCCCUCCCCGGAGACAACGUGGGCUUCAACGUGAAGAAUGUGUCAGUCAAGGACAUCCGCCGUGGCAAUGUGGCUGGAGAUAGCAAGAACGACCCACCGCAGGAAGCCGCCAACUUCACUGCUCAGGUGAUCAUCCUUAACCACCCUGGUCAGAUCAGUGCUGGUUAUGCUCCUGUGCUGGACUGUCACACAGCUCACAUCGCCUGCAAGUUUGCAGAGCUCAAGGAAAAGAUUGAUCGCCGCUCUGGCAAGAAAUUGGAGGACAACCCCAAAUCCCUCAAGUCUGGAGAUGCAGCCAUUGUGGAUAUGAUUCCUGGCAAGCCAAUGUGUGUCGAGAGUUUCUCUGAGUACCCACCGCUUGGUCGUUUUGCGGUGCGCGACAUGCGCCAAACCGUGGCCGUCGGUGUGAUUAAGGCCGUGGAGAAGAAGGUCUCCACCACUGGUAAAGUUACCAAGUCCGCCCAGAAGGCGCAGAGGAACAAAUGAAUGUUGUGCUACUCUGCCGACCCCAAGGUCUCCCAGGGCAGGACAUCAACCAUCCAACUCCAUCCUACAAUUGGCUACUUCCACUUGAUAAUCAAAGACUGGUUAAUCAUCACAAUGCAUCGCAAAAGCAUUCGAAGGAAAGAACAACAUUUACAUCUUAAUUCCUUGAGCCGGCGCUCCUCCUUCAGUGGUUAGAUUCCCAUUACGUACAAUGUAAUAUCAAACAGGUAGCUUUAAAUGUGCACUGUCGACUUGGUUCAUAGCAAUAGAGGCGCCAACAUGUUAUCACCUCUCUAGCUCUCUGGAGUACAAGUACUGGUCACUUUACAAAGUACAUGUUGUCUUGCUUUUAGUGUUUGUUUGUAACUACAUGUUGCUCUGUAGGAGCCUGUGGCAACAAGUUAAAACUUUGUUCUUCUAAGUAGUAGAUUAGUUAAACUUAAUGAUUUGUUGUGUUUAAGCUUUAAAAAGCACUUAAAUCAAAUGGUCCAAACGUGUCCUUGCAGAGGGACUCUGACUGGGCCACUUCUUGAUUCUUGAAGCACUUUGAUUGGCCGUUUUGCUAACUUUGCACUUACACUGGAGAAACUUAAAUUGGCAUAAGCUAUUGCACCUUACUCUAAGAUGGCAUGAGCCUCUUUGCAACAUUAAAACAUGUUUCAACCAAAA